AUGGAGCAGCAACCACAGAUAAUCUCCAGUCUAAUUACGUUACUGGUAUUAUUACUGUCGAUCCAACUCCGGUAUCAAAGAUUGGUAUUAACGGUAGGUUUUUUAUCUGUAAGACUAGUGAGACUUUCACUUAAAGAAGAACACAUAAUCUUGACGUAUAUCUGUACACUAGAUAUGGAAGUCGAUUAUGUUGAAAAUGAACUAUCAAUAUUUUGCACACUCAUUGAUAAAAUUCGGAUGUAUGAUCCUGACAUAUUGGUUGGGUAUGAGCUUAACAAUUCUUCAUGGGGGUAUCUUAUCGAGCGUGCGGCAGCAAAUGGAAUGAAUUUGGUAAACGAGUUAUCUCGGAUUCAACAAGAGUCAGAUAUAAUCGCCCGCGACAGCUGGGGCUAUAAGAAAGCUUCUGUUUUUCGGGUUGUAGGACGACAUAUGAUUAAUGUCUGGCGCCUAAUGAAAGGAGAGAUGAGUCUUACAAGCUAUACUUUUGAAAAUAUUGCUUAUCAUUUACUGCGUUAUCGGACCCCUUACUACUCUAAUGAAACGUUGACCACAUGGAAUAAACGGUGCGUGCCUGUGCUCAAACACAGGUUAUAUCGAUACUACGCCGACAGAGCCAAAAUGAAUCUUGAUAUGCUAGAUGUAGCUGACAUAAUAAAAAGAACGUCAGAGUCUGCGCGUAUUUUUGGUAUCGAUUUUUAUUCAGUUCUGGUGCGAGGAUCUCAAUUCAGAGUCGAAUCAAUCAUGUUUCGUAUUGCCAAGCCAGAAAAUUAUGUUCUAAUCACACCGAGCAGAAAGCAAGUUGGAGAACAGCGAGCGAUUGAAUGUCUACCUUUGACAUUAGAGCCUAAUUCACAAUACUACAAUAGCCCAGUUGUUGUUUUGGAUUUCCAAUCCUUGUACCCUUCAAUCAUGAUUGCAUACAAUUACUGCUAUUCCACAUGUCUAGGGCGAGUUCGAGCUCCAGGAGAUGACACUGCAUUUGGUGUUUGUAAACUAGAUAUUCAAAAGGAACUUUUUGAGACCUUGAAAGAUAAUAUUAUUGUAUCUCCAAAUGGCGUGAUGUAUGUAGAUCAUUCUAUUCGAAAAGGCUUACUUGGAAAGAUGCUGGAAGAUAUAUUGAAUACAAGAGUGAUGGUGAAAAGAUCAGCGAAAGACUACGUCGAUGAUAAGGGACUCUUGCGGAUGUUGGAUAUUCGUCAGUUGACACUAAAGCUUAUUGCAAAUGUCACUUAUGGUUACACUUCUGCUUCUUAUUCUGGCCGAAUGCCAGCCGUGGACAUAGCUGACAGUAUUGUUCAGACCGGAAGAGAGACGAUGGAAAGAACUAUCAAAUUUAUAAAUGAGCAUCCAACGUGGGGUGGCAAGGUGGUUUAUGGAGAUACGGAUAGUGUGUUUAUCCAUUUUCCAGGAAAAACUCGUAGCGAAGCUUUUACUCUUGGCAACGAAAUUUCGGAGCAAAUUACUAAAAUGAAUCCUGCACCGAUCAAGUUAAAGUUUGAAAAGGUAUACCAUCCAUGUGUGUUACUAGCAAAGAAGCGAUAUGUUGGCUCCAAAUACGAAUUCCCUACUACUCUAGAACCUGAGUUUGAAGCAAAGGGUAUUGAGACAGUAAGGCGAGAUGGCACAGCGGCCACUCAGAAAAUACUCAAGACAAGCUUAAAAAUGCUUUUUAAGACCCAAGAUAUGUCUCAAAUUAAAGAUUAUCUGUAUCGCCAAUGGACCAAGAUCUUAUCCAAUCGUGUUUGCUUACAGGACUUUAUUAUUGCUAAAGGAGUCCGGCUCGGAACCUACACCGAACAAAGUCUCCCUCCUGGAGCACAAGUGGCUUACAAAAGAAUGGAACAAGAUCCACGUGCAGAGCCUCAGUAUGGCCACCGAGUUCCUUAUGUUGUUAUAUACCGUGAUGGACCCAAUGCAAAAUUAAACGAACAAGUUGUUCAUCCAGAAGAACUACUUUCUGAUAACUCCCUUCGUUUGAAUGCAGAAUAUUAUAUUCUAAAACAAAUUAUCCCUCCUCUUUCCAGGGUAUUUAAUUUGAUAGGUGUAGACAUCAAGGGAUGGUAUGAUGAGAUGCCUAGAUCUCAGAAAGCAAUGGCCUUGUCAUUUUCUCAUUAUUUCGGAAACGAAGCAAGAAAAAUCAACAGAAUAGAUCAAUACUACACAAGUAGUCACUGUAUUAUUUGCCGAGAUAUCACUAGUCAACCCAUAUGCCCAAGUUGUUUGAAGCAAACUUCUAAAUCAAUAUUUACACUGAUUUCAAGACAAAAAGAAGCCCAAAAGAAAUGGAACAACAUAUCAUUGAUAUGCAACAGUUGUUCACAGUUACCACCUGUACUAUCCAAUUCUAUUGAGUCUGGAGAUACUGAACAUCCCUGUAAUUCACUAGACUGUAAAGUGUUUUAUGAAAGAAACAGGACCAAGAACGAUGUAUAUGCGUUGUCGAUAUAUGAUACUUUGAUUGACCAGUGGCCAGUCUUGGAUACAUAAUUCUAUAUUGCUGAUGAGCCCCACCACUAUCACCACCAUCCCAGAAUACCCCAGCAUAAAUUCAUACAUACACGCCAUUCAUUUUCUCGAAUAAACUGUUUUCAUAGGCCUCACCAAGU